CGCGCUUACAUUUCCGCCCGCAGGCUGAGUGGGGCUCGGUGACAAUGACAAGUAAAGCACUGAAGUAUGAAGAAAAUAAAGGUUUUAAACGCAAAAAAGAAACACAAGUAACAGUAAAAGAGUCAGAAACCACACAGUGUUCUUUACCAACAGACACAUCUCCAGUACGUUCGGACAGUUCUGAAAUUGGAGACUUAGAAGCUGUGAUUAAAGAUUUAAGCAAGGAGAUAAACCUAAUUUUUGCCAAGUUUGCAAAAGUAUUGAGUGAAAGAUCAGCUGUAGAUGCCUCAUAUGUGCAGGAGUUUGAUGAAAUCCUUAAAGAAGCCAAAUGUUUGGAAAUCCAUUUAAAGCAGAAGAGGGAAAACCUUAGGAACCGCCUUACCAUGAUUGCAAACACUUUGCAAAGAUCAAAUUGUUGAGAACUGGAUAACUGCUGUGCCCUAGCAGCAAACCUCUUAAUGACGUGUUCUUUAUGGUUGUCAACAUUCAUAUAUGUUUCUAGAUCCUGAAUGAUUAAGGCUAUCCAGUAAUCAUCUGUGUUGGGUGCUUACAACACCUAAAUGUUGCCUGUUGUAAUCUAUAUGUAAUAUUUUGCCUGUAAUGUAUAUGUACUAUCAAAUGAAUAAAGCAAUAUAAGUUUAUUUAUCUUAUGCAUUCUUCUACUGCUUCUACUGCUUAUAACAUGGCUUUAUAACAGGAAUGAUUCCCUAACUGCUAUUGGUCAAGAUUGUAAGGGUAUUCUAGUUUUAAUGCAAAUUGUAAAUAAUUUUACAGUCAUGAUAAAAUGGUUAGUCCCUAAAUUAUCAUUAGAAAUUAAUACUGCAGUACUGUACUUUAGUAUUUAUUUUAUAAAAAUGUACUAUGACAUAUUUGACAUAUUUCUAUCCAUAAAGUGCAGCAGUCCUUUGGUGCUUGCAAGGAACAUCUGAAAAUGUUUUGUACAAAUGUUGCUGGUUUGUACAUUCUAGGUAUUUUCUGUCUAUAUUUGUUUCUGAAAUAUUAAAAUGAUUGGUUAUAGCAUAUCA